AUGGAGAACUCAGUCGAAGAAAAUGUGUUGGAGAAUAUUUGGGAGAGUCCUGAGUUGGAGGAGACUGGAGGACCCCCAGAGAGCCACGCUGUUGAUCCAACCCCUUCACCUGUGCCUGAGUACCACAAGUCCGCCUCUCAGGAUGAAGGGACCUGGCAGCUGGAAACUGGAAACGAUGCUCAAGAGAACGCCCCCCCUGUCCCUGUGUCCCCAGACUUCUCUGAUACUGAUGAUGUGAUGCAGGAUCAGAGACUAGUUGACAAUUAUGACGUUGAUGAGGAAGAAGAGGAAGUUUUCAUACUUGGUCCAGAUCAUGAACUGGUGAAAAGGCAUCAGACAGCUCUCAGAGUCCAGCUCAGCAAGGAGCUGGAGAGAAUCAACUCGGCACUGAAAGAGAAGGUUGCCUUGGAGAAAGUGGUUGAAUCUGAGAUGACCGAUUUCUUCAUGGACACGUACAGAGUGAAUGAGAAUCUGGUGAGGCUCCACUGCAAGCUGGAGGAUCUUCACCAGACCAAGACGGAGGCCGAAAGCAAACAUCGCCAGAGACAGGAGCAGCUGGACAUCAACAAAAGCCAAUUCUCCAACGCAAAAACCCAGCAUAAAAAUAGGAAUAUGCAUAUGACCAAACUUCAGUCAGAGAUAGACAGCUUGAUGCAUAACCUCACCUUCACUCAAGAAUUCAGUGAUGAACUCCACUCCAACAUAAAAGCCAUGAAAAAUGCCACACACAAAGCCAAAGCAGAAAAGAUCCAGGCUGAAGAACAGAAACUAAAGCAGGAUUUGUAUGUCGAGCGACUGACGAAAGAAAUGGAGAGACUGACCGAGCAGGUGGCUUUGUACAACGCACAGACCAGUGCUCAGACAGAAGAGACAGAGGCUGCUAAACAGGCCCUUUCAGAGGCUGAAAUGGAAAUGACAUCGUUACUAAUGGCGCAAAAACAGCUGUUGCAGCAGUGGAACAGCAGUCUAGUCGGGAUGAGAAGACGGGGAGAGUCCUUCACAGUGAUGCAGGAGGCUGUUCGUAUGCUUGAGCACCAGUUGCUAUCUCUGGACCGGGAGAUUAAAGGCUAUAAGAAAACCAUUGCCAAAGAGCAGGAGCAAAAUGAGAUACUUACUAUGCAGCUGAACAGAGCGCAGAUGGACAACAGUACGACCAAGUCACAAAUAAAUCUAAAACAAAGCCAACAAGAGGCCAUGCAGGCGCGCUACAGCAGCAUCCUGCGCACGCUUCGAGAGACGGAGCGCACCCUGGCACAAGUCACCAAGGAAACCACUUACCUGGACGCUGAGGUGAAAGACCAGAGGAGGCAGAUGGAGAGAGACAGUGCCCAGCGUCUGGAGCUGGAGGACCGGAUUGUGAGCGUCAUGCAGCAGCAGCUCACGCACAACAAGGCCACCCAGUUCUCCCAGAAACUCUCUGAAAAACUCGCAGCGCUCAAGAAGGAAAAGAUUUCUCGGUUGUGUCAGCUGGAGAGCCAAAUUGAAGCGGCCAAAUUAGAAAGCUGUGAUAUUGGCCAAAAUUUGAAAAACUUGAUGCUCACCCAGAAGACUUUUGAUGAAGAAAUUACAAAGAUGGAAAAAGAGCGCUCGGACCAAACUAGCAAAAUAUCAUCUUCAAUGUUCACAAUCGGGCAGAAGCAAAGUAUUAUCACAAAACUGCGGAAAAAGAUCGAUCAGAUUGCAGCUGUUACAGGGAAUGAAGACCUGAGCCCUAUGCAAAUCAAAGCAGACGCAAUAAAGGCGCAGAUUGAAGACCUGGAGGCAAAUAAAAACCGGGAUCACCAACUCUGGAUCAAAAGACAGGGGACUCUGGUGGGACUGAACCAAAACCUGGAGGACACCAACAGGAACAUCCGCCUCUUGGAGACAGAGCAAACAUGCAUGCAGCAGGAGAACAUGCGUUUACAAAGUUUAAUUGAAGGUGUAAACAUGGAUGAGUCUAACAUCGACAAGUCUGUAAACGUCCUGAGGAGAGACCUAACCCGAUUGAACACCCUCCUGAGUAAGAACGCACAGCUGAGCCAGGCGCUGGAGCAGGACAACGCACUGAUGAAGACCGACUUCACCAAAAAAAUCCAGGAAGAAGAGUUGGAGUCCAUCAAGUUAAAAAUGAACUGGGAAAAAACUGCAGAGGAGAAAGAAAGGCUUUUCAACUGCCUCAUAGAAGCCGAGCGGCAGAUCAUGUUGUGGGAGAAGAAGAUCCAGAUUGUGAAAGAGACGUACGCUGCGGUGCAGGGAGUGGGGGAGCAGGCAGAGAUUCAGAGAAUGAAGGCUGAGAUACACCGCAUGGAGGUGCGUCUGACUCAGUUGAUGAAAGAGCGUGAGCGACUCCUUCGAGACAGUGAAGAGACCGUAGCACGACGAGACACCAUCGUCUUACGGCGAGAAUCCCUCCUCCACAACUCGGCAAACAAACAGACCACACAGGGGGAGCUGCAGCGGCUGAUCCUGAGCCUGCAGCGCAAAAUCAACACCACGCACAAGCAAGUGAAGGAGUGUGAGAAGGAGGUCCGAGAGCUGCAGGAGAGCCAGGCGAGUGUGGAUCGCCACCUCUCACAGCAGAAGCAGCAGCUUAUAGACCUCUGUGGAAACAGCUUUGCCCUGGACCAGGACUUUGACAAACUUCAGGAUACUAAAGAUAAGAACCUUUCCAGUCUGGUGGUGCUCCAGAACAGAUCUAAGAAGCUGCAGAAAGUGAAAGACAACAGCUACAAGCCUGUGUCCAACAGUGAGUCCAUCGAAGCGUCCCUCCAGACUCAAACACAGCGACUGGCCACAACCAGCUCCAUCCUGCAGCGCGUGUGCCAGGACUUCCCCCACCACCAGAGGGCGCUGCGGAGGCCGACUCUGGUACUGGCCGCUCAUUCACAGGAGAGGACCCCAGAACGAGAGCUGUGCUGA